AUGAUUAGUGCACAGCAACUUCGCACAGCCACUGAAGAGAGUGAGCAGCAGCUGUUCAAACACCUGGAGAAGACGCCUGUAGAUGGCUUCAAGAACAGCAUGUGCUUCCUGCGUUUCGUCCAGUUUAAAUGGUUGAAGAGCCAGCCUUUUGGUGAGGAGUGGUUCAUGGACUUCAGGGUCCUGGGGAAAGGAGGUUUUGGAGAAGUAUUUGCUUGUCAGCCACAGGCAACAGGCAAAAUGUACGUCAACAAAAAGCUGGAGAAAAAGAGGCUGAAGAAACGCAAAGGCUACGAUGGAGCAAUUGUGGAGAAGCGGAUCAUUGCAAAAGUUCACAGUCGCUUCAUUGUGACGUUGGCUUACGCCUUCCAGACCAAGACUGACCUUUGACUGGUCAUGACCAUCAUGAACAGUGGAGACCUCAGGUGCUUUUUACACUGAAUGCAGUAAAGAUAUCCUCCAUAUAGCAAUCUGAACAGCUUGCAAUCAUAUGUUAGUUUCUGUAAUUACAACAUGAGAGCAAUGUCCAAGCUUCUCAUUUCUACCAAUCCGUCUGGGGUAGAUAAACCUUUUUCUUGCAGGUUUCAUUUGUAUAAUGUAGAUGAAAAAAAUCCUGGUUUUGAUGAGAAGAAAGCAUGUUUUUACACGGCUCAGAUCAUCGGUGGACUGGAGCAUCUUCGUCAGCACAGGAUCAUCUACAGAAACCUGAAGCCAGAGAAUGAACUGCUGGAUGACGCAGGACAUGUCCGCCUGUCAGAUUUGGGUCUGGCUGUUGAGCUUCCACCAGGAAAAGACAAAACAUCUGGAUAUGCAGGAACUCCAGGUUUCAUGGCUCCAGAGCUGCUCCAGAAGAAGGAGUAUGACUACACAGUGGACUACUUCACUCUGGGAGUCACCCUGUAUGAGAUGAUUGCUACCAAAGGCCCCUUUAGAAUAAGGGGAGAGAAGGUUGAGAACAGUGAGAUAGCUAAGAGAAUCUUAAACAAUCCGGUUGCUUACACUCCAAACUUCAGCAAAGACUGUAAAGACAUCUGUGAAGGGCUGAUGGAGAAUGACUUAGCAAAACGACUGGGGUUCAAAAAUAUCGACUGUGAACAGCUCAAGAAACAGCCCUUCUUCAAAGAAAUCAACUGGGGCCGUCUGGAAGCAGGUAUGCUCCCUCCACCAUUUGUCCCCGAUCCAAAAAUGGUCUAUGCCAAAGAUAUCGAUGACGUGGGCACCUUCAGUACAAUCAGAGGUGUCGUCCUGGACAACAAGGACACCGAGUUCUACAAUGAGUUCUCGAUUGGCAACCUCCCGAUCCCCUGGCAGGAGGAGAUGAUCGAGACCCGUGUUUUCGGAGAGAUGAACAUCUGGGGAGAAAACGGCAAGCUGCCCAAUGAUCCUGACCCAAACUUUGUGGGGAGCAAAAGUGGAGGAUGUGUGCUGCUUUAAGUUAGCGAAGAAAACAGAGCAGGCAGGUGAUUAUUUAAAAUUACAUUUAGAUCUCGAUAAGCUCAUUUGGAGCCACUUAUUCUUGAUCUGUAUUAUCUGUAAUUUGUACAAUAACAUGUUGUUGCUGUAAGAAAUUAAUAUUAUCUUCGUGUUUACAUAUUAUUAUACAUAUUUUAUGUAUCUACAUUGCAAUAUUUGUAAUAUUAAGAGGGUUAUGAUAAAAGUGGCAGCAUGGUCACAUAGCUGAAAUAUUCUGUAACAAAUAUGUAAAUAUGGCUGCCCUGGUAAUGACUGUUGUAAUCUUACUGUACAUGCCAAGUUUUUCGUUUAGUAAACACAGACACAUGACAUAAAAAAAGUUCUAUAAUAUUCAUUAUUUGGACACUAUAAUGUUGUGUUAUUCUUUAUAUAUUUAUAAUUAACAAGAUUAAAGUUAAUAACAAAGUGAACAUUGUAGGUAGAAGAGUUAAAAGCAAUUAAUAAAAUCUUGCAAAGCACAACAGUAUGUGUUGAUUUCUUUUUCUUGUAUGUGGUAGCUGUUUAUGAGAUUGGUUAUUAUAUAUAUAUUUUUUUAAAAUAAAUGUUUUUAAUGUAGCCAAUUUCAGUGAUUAUCUCCCUGUGCUUACAUUAGAAGGUGGGGUUGUUCUUAUUGAAAAAAAGUGAAAUUAAGGCUCUUUUUGAAAAUUACAAAUUAGCAAUGCCUCACAAAAAAUUGUGUAUUCCAUUUGAACAUUUCAGAAAAUUAUUUCAAAUGUAUAAAACAUUUCUUUUGUUACAUGUGUUUGUCGCCUGUGAUACUGUGCAAUCAACAUUUUGUCCUGUUUAUGCGGUUUUAAAUGGAACAUGUUUGUCUCGAACUUGUUUCUUGCACUCAGUUCUCUCUUGGGAAAACAGAUACUGAUCUUAAUUGCACUGUUAAGUGUAAUUGCUUACAUCAAUUAUUAACCGUCUGAUAGGGAGAAAUAUUAGUCACAAACAUGAUGGGGUUCCCAGAACAGGAAACACCUUUUUUGUUGUUCAGACAGGUUUUGGUGACAAGAGUGAUGUUUUCUGAUGCAUUUAUCUAUAUAUUAAUCAAUGCAGUUCUGAUAUAAAUGACAUAGCUUAUACUAUUCUUUAUAUAUUCUAACUGUGUCCUGUGGUAUACAGUGGGGCAAAAAAGUAUUUAGUUAGCCACCAAUUGUGCAAGUUCUCCCACUUAAAAUGAUGACAGAGGUCUGUAAUUUUCAUCAUAGGUACACUUCAACUGUGUGAGAGAAUAUGGAAAAAAAUCCAGGAAUUCACAUUGUAGGAUUUUUAAAGAAUUUAUUUGUAAAUUAUGGUGGAAAAUAAGUAUUUG